UAAGCUCAGUCAGCUGACUUGACUUUGUGUACAUGAGAGUAGUUUGACAGUUUUAAGGCUGUCUUGGUAGUUUAUUCAAGAUUGUAUUAUUUUUUAUUUCAUCCCUAGAAAAUUAAAAAGUAGUUAUGUUACGACCAAAGGCGUUGACGCAGGUUCUGAGCCAGGCGAACACAAACGGAGUCCAGAGCACACUGUUACUGAACAAUGAAGGUUCACUUCUGGCUUACUCUGGCUAUGGGGACACGGACGCUCGAGUGACAGCUGCCAUCGCCAGCAACAUUUGGGCGGCCUACGACAAGAAUGGUCACCAAGCCUUUAAUGAAGACAAACUUAAAUUCAUACUAAUGGACUGUAUGGAAGGAAGAGUGGCCAUUACCCGUGUAGCAAACCUCCUCCUGUGUAUGUACGCCAAAGAGACAGUGGGCUUUGGAAUGCUUAAAGCUAAGGCCGAAGCCCUGGUCCAGUAUCUGGAGGAACCAUUGACCCAAGUAGCAGCAUCAUAGUGAAGACAUGCCUGUCACUUCUGUCUGCCUGGAGGGAAAAAAGCAUCAUAUGAUCCAGGUUAUUCAUGGACUACUGUAACAUUCUGUGUUUAUGCAUAUAUCUGAGUGUGUGUGGGAACAUGAGUGUGGGUUAAGAGGGGGAAGGGUUUGUCAGAGUAUUUAUAACCGUGCUAUUUAAUCUAAGCCUUGUCUUGCUUGUACUCUUUGCCCUCUCUCUUGACUCUUUAUAUGAUGCUCCUUUCUGAUUGUCCACAUAGUUUUUUCAAUUGUAAGUCUGAGAGUUAAAAAUGCCAAAAUGACUCCAUUAUCUGUGAGUCUUUCAGUUGAUUUAUUCAGUUGUAGCUCAGGCGUACCUAUAACAGUGAAGCAGAAAAUAGAACAUUUAGAAACCCAUUAGAGGGACUAAAUACACACAAUGACUAAAAGUUGAUGGAAAUCUUCAUAAGAGUUUCUGCCUGGUGAAAUGCAGUUUAAUUUUUUUGCUACAUGUUGUAUCAAAGCUUUCAAAUAAACCAAUUCUGAUUCAA